AUGUCGAGCAUUUAUUCGUCUCUCAUCUCCUACAAUGAGCCUAACAGCUUCACCGUUUAUAUGCCUUAUGGGCAUAUAAUUACGGAUUGGCUCGAGAUCCUACAGAUUAAUGUCUCUAAGGGAAGGAUAGUCAAGAUGGUGAGGGGCCGUGGCCCCCUCGGGCCAUUAGGUAAAUCCGCCCCUGCUUCUGCAGGGGGACACGGUGACCAGGGGCACGAUGCGCCGCUGCUCUCGCCAGAGCGGCGCUACCGCGGCGUGCGCAACCGCAGCGGCAAGUGGGUGUCGGAGAUACGCGAGCCGCGGAAGGCCAACCGCAUCUGGCUCGGCACGUACCCGACAGCGGAGAUGGCGGCCGUCGCCUACGACGUGGCGGCGCGCGCCCUCCGCGGCGCCGACGCCGUGCUCAACUUCCCCGACGAUAUCGCCGACCGGCCGGCUCCAGCGUCGGCCUCCCCAACGCACAUUCGCGCAGCGGCCUCGGCGGCCGUGGCCGCGACGCUGAAGCAGGGACCGCGAGCAGAGCACGAGGUGGCCGCAGAACAGAGCUCGGCGGCCGCGGCAGCGACGGAGGUGGUGGAAGGAGGGAAAUACAUUGACGAAGAGGAAAUCUACGAAAUGCCGCAGCUGCUGGUGAGCAUGGCGGAGGGGAUGCUGAUGAGCCCGCCGCGGCUGAGCCAGCAUGACUCCGACGAUUCGCCGGAGGUCUCUGUCGCCGGCGAGGGCCUGUGGACCUAUCCGUAAAUUACGUCAUUAUGGGUAGUAUUUUGUAAAAUUAAUUAUUAUUAUUACCAUUAUUAGUACUGUUAUUAUUAUUAGUCCAUUUUGUGGAUAUAUAUAUAUAUAUAUAUAUAUAUAUAUAUGUUAUACAGACGUAUUUUCUGUAUUAAUUAAUAUAAGAGGAAUGGUAUUAUGGCUUUAUCUA